UAAAACCAAUUGGUGAUAGGAGGAGGGGCCCAUGAGACUUAUAUACUAGUUUCAGUUUUCUCUUGACACCGAUGUGGGACAGUUAUAUGUUAUAUAUUUAGUUUCAAUUGCCAACACUAACUAACUAAUAAGAUGUGGGAGAUAUGAGACUAGUAUCAACUCCUCCACUGUUGAAAUCCACAUUGUCCUCAAGGUGGAAACCACGAAGCAAUAAAGAGAGUCGAAUAUAGAAGCUUUUGUGAGCUAUCCCCUCCUAAACACAUACAAAAUAGUUGAGCAUCAAAUAUCACCAAUGGAGGACCGUGUUGGAUAUGCGACAUGGUGGACUCCAAAGCAACAUUGUGGUCGUGAUAAUUCAACGUUAAAACGUAAAGCUUGUCCACACGUCCAAGAAUGUUCAAACACAACGUGUCAUUGCGCAUUGCGCAGAGGGAUCAAUCGUGAAUCGGUGUUGAGCGAUCGAUGAUUCAUUCUUGCAACAUCACUAAAUGCAAAUCUAUAGAGACACAUGUCAUUACCUACAAUUAAACCGGUGUAACCACCUCCUUUCUUACCCCAACAAUUCCCAACAACAUCUUGGGAUGACCAUCCUCCUUCUUCUAUCACAUCAAUCAGAGGCAAUUUGUCUAUCCGAACCUAGACUAGUAUAUCUAGGUCGUUGGUGGGUAGGGAUUGUAUGGCAGUUUCAUUAUUGGAGUUGGGUGUGGUUGCUGCCAAUCUAGGAGUUGUUUGCGGCACUCAACUCCGGCAUAGUUGCAUGACAUGCUAAUGGUAUCUCGGAGGCUGUCGCUGCGGAUGGGGAAAUUCUUGUCGGACAACAUGUCUGUGGUUCGAGAUGGUGGUGGUGAUUCGGAGAAUGAGACCACGAUGAAUGAACCGGAUAAUCAGGGUAAAGUCUCUUAUCGUGGGUGAUCGACGGAUAUUGAGCUUGGCGAUCAAUAAAAGUCAGUCGCGGGAUGUAGAUGAGCACACGCUUAGACGGUUUCUGCGUGCGCGAGAUCUCAACGUGGAGAAAGCAUCUACAAUGCUAGCCAACUGCUUAACGUGGAGACGAACCUUCGUUCCAAAGGGCUGCGUUUCAGAAUCAGAGGUGCCAAAUGAGAUAGCUCAGAACAAGAUGUUUCUGCAAGGAACAGACAAGAAAGGCCUCCCCAUUUCCGUUGUCUUUGGUGCUAGACACUUUUCCAGGAAAGGAGGCCUCGACGAAUUCAGACGUUUCUUGGUGUUUGCCCUUGAUAAACUGUGUCAAAGGACUCCUGAUGGAGUGGGGAAGUUCACGAUCAUCGGAGAUCUGCAAGGAUACGGAUAUUGCAACAGCGACGUUCGUGCAAAUCUUGCAGCUAUCACCAUUUUACAGGAAUACUACCCAGAGAGGCUAGGGAAAAUGUUCAUUGUUCAUGCACCGUAUAUAUUUAUGACAAUGUGGAAGCUUGUGUACCCGUUUAUCGACAAAAAGACGAGGAACAAGGUCGUGUUCGUUGAAGAUAAGAGACUGCAGGAGACUCUGGUGGAGGACAUAGAAGAAAACCAGCUGCCGGAGAUCUAUGGAGGCAAACUGCAGCUUGUUCCGAUUCAAAAUGCCUAGUUACUUCAUUCAGAGAACAAAUUAACAUGAAACUUAUAAUGCAUGUGUUUGAGUGUGGUAGAUGUUAAUUUGCAUGAGUGAAUUUAAUGUUCUGAAAACUCUUAUGCUAAAUUUAUCAUGUGUUCACAUUUCCAUGUUUGUUUUGUUAUCUUGGUUUUGUUUGAGGAAGAAAAGUGAUUUAGGGAGUUGACAUACUUGCAUACUGGGAUUGCAUUAGGUCCAAUUUAUUUAGAAAGACAUAUUUUAAAAUAA